CCGUGGGAUUACAAGUUCUCGCGAGAGCGCCGUGUUUUAUUCCUACGUAAUGUGCCGUGCUGCUUAUGGCGGCGCUGGUGAUAGUGCUGUGAGCUGUUGGGUAUGAAGUGUAACAGAACAGAAACUACCACCUGAAACUGCUGCUUCACGUUCAGAUCAGUCAAGGAACAUCUGCCACAAUCGUAACUAACACCAAAGAGAAUUUGCGCUGAAGACACAACGCUUGAUCUGAAACAAGAAGUUUGUGCCUACCUAACAGCUACACAAGAGCACUUCCCAACGCUGCUAUUAGUCUUUGUUUUAUUCUCAGCGCUGUACUCUGCUUUUGCAUUGUGCAGCGGGAGUUGUCUUUCUUAGCUCGAUAGAUCCUUUUCUCUCACUGUCUCUUUUUAAAUACUAGCAACUGACAACCUUUUUGAAGCAUCUGCUGGCCACAAGAAUUGGUAAAUACUACUGAAAGUGCAAUACCUGGUAUUUCAAGAAGCCCUGCAGGUGACGCAGCUGAUUACUAUAAAAUCCUAUUUUCAUACAGAUUCACUUUGCACAUGGACACUGACAAACAGCCAGACAUUUCUUCUGAAGAACAAAAGCUGUAUGUGAUGGAGAAACUCUAUACUCUGCCAUCAGAACCCCUCACCCCAUCUGCUGCUGUCCCUGGUACUCAUACCUCCAGUUCUUGUGCUUCUAAAAAGCAGAAGAGGACCCCUUUGUACCAGAGAUCUAUGAGCUUUGACCCAAAUCUUCUCCACAACAAUGGACAUAAUGGGUACCCGAAUGGUACGUCUGCAUUGCGUGAAACUGGCAUAAUUGAAAAAUUGCUUACAUCCUAUGGAUUUAUUCAAUGUUCAGAACGCCAGGCCAGACUCUUCUUCCACUGCUCUCAAUACAAUGGAAACUUGCAAGAACUUAAAGUAGGAGAUGAUGUGGAGUUUGAGGUAUCAUCAGAUAGACGUACUGGAAAACCAAUCGCUGUCAAACUGGUAAAAAUAAAGACUGAAAUCUUGCCAGAAGAGAGAAUAAAUGGACAGGUUGUUUGCGCUGUGCCUCAGAAUUUGGAGAGCAAGUCUCCAGCUGCUCCGGGUCAGAGUCCCUCAGGGAGUGUGUGUUACGAACGCAAUGGGGAGGUGUUUUAUUUAACCUACACCCCAGACGAUGUCGAUGGAAGUGCUCAGCUUGAAACUGGAGAUAAAAUAAAUUUUAUUAUUGAAACAAACAAGCACACUGGUGCAGUAAGCGCUCGAAACAUUAUGCUGCUCAUGAAAAGAAAACAAAUGCGUUGCCAGGGUGUGAUUUGUGCCAUGAAGGAAGCCUUUGGGUUUAUUGAAAGAGGGGAUGUUGUAAAGGAGAUAUUCUUUCACUACAGUGAAUUUAAAGGAGACCUUGAAGCCUUGCAACCAGGCGAUGAUGUGGAGUUCACCAUCAAAGAUCGAAAUGGUAAAGAAGUAGCAACUGAUGUAAGGCUUCUACCUCAAGGAACUGUAAUAUUUGAAGAUAUCAGCAUUGAACAUUUUGAAGGAACAGUUACCAAAGUUAUUCCUAAAGUACCCAACAAAAAUCAAAAUGAUCCCCUACCAGGACGCAUUAAGGUCGAUUUUGUUAUUCCUAAAGAGCUUCCCUUUGGUGAUAAAGAUACCAAGUCUAAAGUUACCCUUUUAGAAGGCGAUCAUGUGCGGUUCAAUAUUUCAACCGACCGAAGGGACAAACUUGAGCGUGCCACAAACAUCGAAGUUCUUUCUGAUACGUUCCAGUCUACAAAUGAGUCCCGAGAAAUGGGUGUCAUCGCAGCAAUGAGGGAUGGUUUUGGUUUUAUAAAAUGUGUUGACCGGGACGCUAGAAUGUUCUUUCACUUCAGUGAAGUCCUGGAUGGAAAUCAGCUCCACAUUUCUGAGGAAGUAGAGUUUACUGUGGUCCCUGUCACCGAUCCACAAAGUAGUGAAGGUUGGAAAAAGCCUUGGAACAACAACCUUUUAAAACAGGACAUGCUUUCUGCUCAAAGAAAUCAUGCAAUCAGAAUUAAAAAGCUCCCUAAAGGAACGGUUUCCUUUCACACUCAAUCAGAUCAUCGGUUUGUUGGUAUUGUUGAAAAAGAAGCUACAGCUACCAGUGCUAAAUCCAGCAGCCCAAACAAAGGAAAAGAAAAGAAAAAAGAGAGGGAGGGUGAAGAAGGAAUUGUCUCUUAUGAAGACUGUGGAAUCCGACUUACUGUCACUUAUCACCUCAAGGAUUUGGAAGGUUCUUCUACCCCCCAGGUUGGGGAUAAGGUUGAGUUUAGCAUUUGUGAAGCAAAAAGAACUGGUCAACAGAGUGCAGUGUCUAUUAAGGUUCUUGGACGAAAUUCCAACAGCAAAAGGUUUUAUGGUUAUGUAGCCACUCUUAAGGAUAACUUUGGUUUUAUUGAAACUGCCAAUCAUGAUAAAGAAAUCUUCUUUCACUACAGCGAGUAUUCUGGAGAUGUAGAUAAGCUGGACCUUGGAGAUAUGGUGGAGUACUGCUUAUCCAAAAACAAGGGGAACAAGGUCAGCGCUGAACGGGUCACAAAAGUUCAUCAAGUUAAUGGAUCCAGUGAUGAAGUGAACCCUACUGUGUACUGGGGAAAAGUUGUGCGGCCCCUGAGGAGCGUAGACCCUACACAAACUGAGUACCAGGGAAUGAUUGAGCUUCUAGAAGAAGUUGUCAACAAGCAGAAAAUAGCUGAGGAAACUCCCAAAGAAGCUGAGGAAGCUGAAGCCGAAGUGGAAGCCGAAGCUGAAGCCAGCAUAGAUACAAGCAAGCAAGCUAGCAUGAAAGGACAUCUUAUCCCCUUUGGCAUCGUGGGAAUGGCAAAUAAAGCGGAUUGUCUACAGAAAGGAGAAACUGUCAAAUUCCAGCUCUGUGUCUUGAGUCAGAAUGGGCAGACAAUGGCCUGCAACAUUGAGCCACUACGUAGGGGUACUGUUGAAUGUGUGAAAGAUCAGUUUGGCUUCAUUAACUAUGAAAUUGGUGACAGCAAGAAGCUUUUCUUCCACGUAAAGGAAAUCCAAGAUGGAGUAGAGCUGCAGGCAGGAGAUGAGGUGGAAUUCUCAGUUAUUCUUAAUCAGCGCACUGGGAAAUGUAGUGGCUGUAAUGUUACAUUAUUAAGCAAAGGCCCUGAAAUGGUAGCGGCUCCACGUCCUGACAGACUGGUGAGCCGGCUAAAGAGCAUAACUUUGGAUGAUGCUAGUGCACCCCGUCUUAUGGUUCUGCGUCAGCCUAGAGGUCCGGAUAACACCAAGGGAUUUGUCAUAGAGAGAAAGAUCCGUCAAGCUGGUGUCAUCGACUGAAUUUUUUUUUUCCAUCCAUAAAAGCACAUUACCUAAUCAAGUAUAAUGCCAUGGGGUAUUGUGGAGAGCAACAUCUUUCUUUGCAGCCCCUGAAUUGGGAGAUUUUCUGUACAACAGUUACAUCUAUUUUUAACACCUUCCAUCUUGCGUUCACCUCGGAAAUUCCUGAGAAGCCAUUUUUUUUUUUUUUUUUUUUUUUUUUUUUAUAAAUUAUGCACAUUUGCAAGUGAGGAUUUAAGUUGAAGCCUUAGUAUAUUCUGUUUCCUUUUUAAAGAAGCUUUGAUUUGAAUUGUGCAUCAUAACACAACAUUUUUUUUUUUUCUCUCUUCUCUUCCCCCUCUUAUGUCCAAUAUAAAAGUGUGACUUAACCCUUUGAAAUUCUGCACUCAACACUGUUUAGCAUAUAUUCUACCUCCUUUACUGCAUUUUUUUUUCUCUCUCCCUUCUCAAAGAGGACCACAUACUGAUGGUGGAAUAUAUUCUAUUCAGCAAUGCUUUGAAGCGCUCCUUUUUCAUUGAAUGACAGCCAAAUGCUCACUUUUUUAUAUAUUAAGAUUUGAAUAUUUUAUUCAAGUGGAUAAACCCGAAGCUGUUUAGAAUUGAAAGCCUUUUCUUUCUUUUUUUUUUUUUUUUUGUUAACUUCUUUGGAACUGCAGAUAUCCUCAAGGGUGACAUGUGCCAUCAGUGUGAAGUUUAAAAAUAAUCUUUGAAAACGCACAGGGUUUUUUUUCUUUGCUGCUUCCAUGGGCAGCAUCUAAAUGUUCAUAAAAUGUAAAGGAAAAUAAAAUGUGCCUGAAUUUUAUUUUAUUCAGUUUACAAAAACCACUCAUACCAUUAAUUAUUUAGGCUAUUCAUAGCUAUACUGAUCUUUGCAUCAGCAUAGAUAGAAAAUUGGGUGUUUUUUUUUUUUUUUUUUUUUGUUUUUUUUUCUUUUUUUUCUUUUCUUUCUCGAACCUGCCAUUACCCAGGCAGGCCUGUGGCUCUAACCUUGAAGCCUUUUCCCUCUUUCCCCUCCAGUACGAUUUUGCUGCCCACCACAAAUUCUCAAGCCAGGAAGUACAUUUAUUCAAAGUAUUUUAAACCAGAAAGAUCAAGAUUUCUUUCUUCCUGGAUUGAUGGAAGAGUUCUUGUGUUUUUCUAUUUUUUUUCUACUUCUGUGAUUUAGAGGUUCUUCUGUUAAGAGACCUACCUUUGUAAAAACAAAAACUUGGCUCCAGAUUUUCUGUUUAAUGGCAAAGAAAUUGAAAAAUAGAAUAAAGUUUUACCAAUUUAA